UGAUAUAUUUCUGAAUGGAGAAAUGGAAGGGAAAGUGGAGAAUGGAUGGUCCAGGUUUCCAUUGCUUCCAAUGAGGUGUCAUAUCCCAGUGAGGUCAUUUCCUGACUUCAAAGCAUUCAUCUGAACUGCCUCAGUCAGCCCUAGUGGUUAUAACCUGAUGUUUCUUGCAAGAGACAUUGAUCUCUACUUGUUCUACUUUUCAGCUGCACAAGCCCGCGAUGAAGAAAAGUCCGGGUCUCUCUGACUAUCUUUGGGCCUGGACCCUCCUUCUGAGCACAUUGACUGGAAGAAGCUAUGGACAACCCUCAUUACAAGAUGAACUUAAAGACAAUACUACAGUCUUCACCAGGAUUUUGGACCGACUCCUCGAUGGUUAUGACAAUCGUCUGCGACCAGGAUUGGGAGAGCGUGUAACUGAAGUGAAGACUGACAUCUUCGUCACCAGUUUCGGCCCUGUUUCAGACCAUGAUAUGGAAUAUACAAUAGAUGUAUUUUUCCGUCAAAGCUGGAAGGAUGAAAGAUUAAAAUUUAAAGGACCCAUGACAGUUCUCCGGUUAAAUAACCUAAUGGCAAGUAAGAUCUGGACUCCAGAUACCUUUUUUCACAAUGGAAAGAAGUCAGUGGCACACAACAUGACCAUGCCCAACAAACUCCUGAGGAUCACAGAGGAUGGUACCUUGUUGUAUACCAUGAGGCUGACAGUGAGAGCUGAGUGUCCAAUGCAUUUAGAGGACUUCCCUAUGGAUGCCCAUGCCUGCCCACUAAAAUUUGGAAGCUAUGCCUAUACCAGAGCAGAAGUUGUUUAUGAGUGGACCAGAGAGCCAGCACGCUCAGUGGUUGUAGCAGAAGAUGGAUCACGCCUAAAUCAGUAUGACCUUCUUGGGCAAACAGUAGAUUCUGGAAUUGUUCAAUCUAGUACAGGAGAAUAUGUUGUAAUGACCACUCAUUUCCACCUGAAGAGAAAGAUUGGCUAUUUCGUUAUUCAAACAUACCUGCCAUGCAUAAUGACGGUUAUUCUCUCCCAAGUCUCUUUCUGGCUCAACAGAGAGUCUGUACCAGCAAGGACUGUCUUUGGGGUAACAACUGUGCUCACCAUGACAACUUUGAGUAUCAGUGCCAGAAAUUCUCUUCCGAAGGUGGCUUAUGCAACUGCUAUGGAUUGGUUCAUUGCAGUGUGCUAUGCCUUUGUGUUCUCAGCUCUGAUAGAGUUUGCCACAGUAAAUUAUUUCACCAAGAGAGGUUAUGCAUGGGAUGGCAAAAGUGUGGUUCCAGAAAAGCCAAAGAAAGUGAAGGAUCCUCUCAUUAAGAAAAACAACACUUAUGCUCCAACAGCAACCAGCUAUACCCCGAAUUUGGCCAGGGGUGACCCUGGCUUAGCCACGAUUGCUAAAAGUGCAACCAUAGAACCCAAAGAAGUCAAGCCGGAAACAAAACCACCAGAACCCAAGAAAACCUUUAACAGUGUCAGCAAAAUUGACCGACUGUCAAGAAUAGCCUUCCCGCUGCUAUUCGGAAUCUUUAACUUGGUCUACUGGGCUACAUAUUUAAACAGAGAGCCUCAGCUGAAAGCCCCCACCCCACAUCAAUAAGUCCUUCUAUUCACAUUCCGUUGUUCAGUCUUCUGCACUGGGAAUUGCUUUCUGUUCUCAACGCGGUGAUUCCCAUCUGCUUUCUUGCCUCUGUCUUAAAGAAUUUGAAGGUUUCCUUAUUUCCAUAAUUCAUACGAGAACAACAGACCCCUGUCCAGCAGUCCAGAGCAAAGCAGAACAUACAGCUGAGAGACAGGAUUCUGAGAGAGGAAGCGAGAGAGAAAAAUCACGACAGAAGGAGACAGAAUGAAACAGAGAGGAAAGGUGGGGAAGGAGGUCCAAGCUAUGAGGGAAAGUAGAAGGAAAAUAAAACUUAAGUCUGUAACUCCAGGUCAUUUGUAGAUAUUUAUUUCCAAAUAUUCUAAAAAAAAGAUACUGUAUAUGUCAAAAAUAUUUUUAUGUGGAGGUGUUUCAAAGAAUACACUAUAAAUGUUUAAUGACAACAAUUUUAAAAAUCUAUGUCUUUAUUGCACAAACUACAGUGUGCUUACAUUUUGUUUUGUUUUUUGAACGGAUGUAUAGCUUUAACACUUUGUUUCCAAAGCUAAAGAUCCCAAUUUUUUUCCUCCUUUUAAAAAUGGCUAGUGCAUUAUAUUGCUGUUAAAUGCUAUUUUAGAAUCCAUGGAGAUUGCAUAAGCAAACGUACAGUUCCUUAAGCAUUUAAUCCAAAAAAGAGAAAUGCGUUAAAUAGGCUACUUCAUCAUCAUCUGAGCUUUUACCACUUGCUUCGAUGAGAAAUCAUUUUAACAGAGACAUACACUCAAUAAAAACUAAAAAAAAAUAUUAAUAAAAAUGAAAUAAAACAAUUAAAAAUAUUCCCUUUGCCACCUUGUCUAUAUCCAGAUAGCACAUGGGUCCAAUAAUCACUUGAUACUCAUUAUGAAGAUGUUUUUAGAGAGGCAAACCUAUUUUGCAAGCUCUAGAAUUGUUGAAUGUAUUAUUUUAUAUAACAGUACAUUAAAAGCUUUAGAUUGAAAUUUAUGAUUAGUAAACAAAUAUAGACUAUAUAAACAAAUUAUAUAUGUAAAUAUACAGCAUGAGAUUGUACAUUUUUUACUUUUUUAAAGUUGUGUUCUUAAAAUAUUGUGUAGGACUCACCGCUCUUAGCUGUUAGAAUGUUGUUAAGUGCUAUAUGGGAAUACCUUUAGAGCCUGCAUUAAAAACAGAACAGCCUGUGGGAAUCAGAUGGAAUUUAAAAUAUAAAGUCUACUUAUGUAGAGAAAGCUUGUAAUUUCGAACUAUUAUCUGGGGUACAGUAGUAAAUCAGCUGCUAUCUGCUCAAGUCAUGCCACAUUUCCCUAUUUUAGGCUCUUGUAAAAUAGAAAGAAAAUGGAAAAGCAUUAGUUGGAGCUAGAAGAUCAACUGUAUAUUAUCACUAUAUUUGCUGAUACCAAUUAUUUCAAUAAGUGUUAUACCAUA